UCCUUCUUCCUUCCUUCCUUCCUUCCUUUCUUCUAAUACUGCUCAUCAGUGAAUCAUGGUGACUUGCAUAGCAUCUCUCUGACAAGUUGCAGUUUAAGGUAUCUAAGAGAUUAUGGCUUCUGAAGCCCACAAUGAUAGAAAACGAAACCUGUUGCAUGUUGAAGGUUGUCCCAUUGAUCUCCCCAGAAAAAGGAUCUCUUAUUCCCCUAAUAAGAACAUGAAGAAGAAACUUGAAGCUCCCAGCCCACCUCUGUCUCCCCAGAUGCCUGUGAACAUAACUGCCAUAGCCAGUGAACAGAGUAAGAAAUCUUCAAAACAGUUGGCUUCAUACACAAACAGAACGACAGUUGGACAAACUUUGACCAGCCCGUGCUCUCUGUUCAAAGUAGUAUAUUGCAAAAAAAAAGUUCAACAUUACAGCCCAAAGCCUUGUUAUAGAAAAAAUCAGUUCCCUAAAGUCAGGAGUUGUGAAAUGGCAAAUAAGGAAAAUGAACUUGCUUGUGCAGGUAAUCUGCCAGCAAAACUACACAGUGACAGUCGCACAUUGCUAUUAAAUCCCAGUGAUUCUGGUACCUCUCAAACAGAAGGUCCAUCAUCAAAAUACAGUGGAUUUUUUUCAGAGGUUUCUCAGGACCAUGAAACUAUGGCACAAGUUCUUUUCAGUAGAAAUUUGAGGCUGAAUGUAGCUUUAACUUUCUGGAGAAGGAGAAGUAUAAGUGAACUGGUAGCCUACUUACUGAGGAUACAGGAUCUUGGAGUAAUAGUAGAUUGCCUUCCUGUGCUUACCAGCAGUUUACAGGAAGAAAAGCCAUAUGUAUCAGUUGGUUGCUGUGUAGAUCUAUUGACUUUAGUAAAAUUGCUGCUUAAAAGCAAAUAUGAAGAAUAUGUGCUAGUUGGUUUAAAUUGGCUCCAAGCUGUCAUUAAAAGAUGGUGGUCAGAACUAUCUGCACACACAGGAAAGGUAGAGGAUGGAAAUAUUCAGAUUUUAAAAGAGCAAUUAUGUGGACUGUGGAAACAAGAAAAUCAUCUUACCCUGGUUCCAGGAUAUACUGGUAGUAUAGCUAAGGAUGUAGAUGCUUAUUUAUUACAACUACACUGAGAUGUUUGGAGAAUGAGGUGUGCAUAUUUGGCUAAAUAAUCCCUUAGAAUAUCUCUGGAAUUCGUAUCGUUUCCAAAAGACUUCUCUUCUGAGAACUGUUGACAGAAGAGGACUGGAUCUUCAGAACCGUUUAAUGAAACCACUAACAAAAUCCUAACAAUCUACUUCACAUUGAAGUGGAAAAAUGUGUAAUAGGAGCAACUUUUACUUCAGUGAGGUGAAAGUGCACUAUGAAGACUGUAUGCCUUUGCUGCAUUUGGGAUUUGUCCAGUUACUCAGUAAAGUUGUUUAAGUGCUACUGUAUUUUACUACACUAUUGCAUAAAAGAAUAUAAAUUGUACCAUCAUGAAGACAACUAUAGAACCAGUUAUAAGGAACCAACAAAACCGAUCACCAUAAAGGCUUUUUAUCUGUUUCACAAGAGAUGUAUAUGUGCUAUUAUUUUCAAGUUACAUUGAGAAAUGUUUAUUUACUAUCUUAUUUUAAUCAAAAUAUUAAAGAUGUUUUUGUUUGCACUAUUGAGAAACUGUAUACAACAAGAUGCCUUAAUUACUACUAGUGUUUUUAAAAAAUGCUUGAGGUAUUGAAAUACUAAUCUAUUAUAAUCAACAGAUAAAGACAUAUUGAACACUGCUAUAAAAAUCGGGGUUUUGCAUCAUGUGGAACUCAAUUUGUGAAACUUUUUGCACAUUGACUAAGUGGAUGUUUCCACCAUGUCUGAUGUUAAGAGACUCAUCUCAUAUGUGACAUAACUAAAAAUAUAUGAAUUUAAGCCUAUACAAAUGCUUAUUGCAAACUUCUGCAGAUGGGUGUAUACGUUCACCAAACACACUCUUUUUAUUACGUGUUGAUUUCUAAUAUGAUGAUCUCCAGUUCUGUAUCAUUUAAAUUAUGUGCAGCUAAGUAAAUAUACUAAAUUUAUGUAUGUUUUUUUUCUCUUUAAGCUCAGAAAACCUUACCUCUUUAUUUCUAGAACAACUUCUUCCACACUACUUUUUAUUACAGAUAUUUAUAUCUACUACUCUAGAAAUGUUUACAAACAGAAUAAGCCGUAUUUUUCAGAUAUAACAACAUUUUAUAUGCUACCUCCUCUUUAAAAAAAGUUGAUAAAUAGUUUUUCAAAACUACUUAGUUUUCCUGAUUUUUAAUUUUGGCAAAUUUAUGCUACCUUUUUAAAUCCAAAGGGAACCACAGUGAAAACAAAAUCAAAACAGUUCAUAGCUGUCUUGUCUUACUGAUGUGAUUUUUAGUUUGCCUAUUACAGCUUACCUACUGUGGAAAAAAUCUGGGGUUUUUUUAAAGCUAACCACUGUCUUUAUUCUGUAACCAAUGAAAAUGCUUUUCCAGAUAAAAAUUCUACAGGUGCCACUGUGCUCUUAAAACAAACUGAAAGAUGGAACAUGCACCCACCAAGCAAUUGUAUCAGUGCAAAACAAAGAUGAUUAUAGAACUUUUUUUCACACUUAAUUUUAACUAUUAUAGUUAUUGUAGCUUCAUGUAUAUUCCACUGCACCUCCACACAGGAAAAAGAUUUCAUGCCUGCUCUUUAUAUAUAGGGGCGUCUCUGAAAUGUCUAUAUUGUAAAUUCACUAUGUGGGGAGUCUAAGUUUCCUUGAGUUUACAUGUCAUGAAUGCUAACUUCUAAGGGUUAACUAAGAAAAAAUAUCUUCAGAAUUUGGUGCUUACAUUUUGUAUAGUUGACUAUCCCCUACCUUGUGAAAGAGUAUGAACAUCUCAACAAUGCCAUCUGUCCAAGGAAUAAGAAACUUGAUAGUUUCCAAAGCUGUUACUGCUUCAGGACAAUCUUUCAGGACAUUAAACAGGGUACUUCAGAUAAUUUGGAAGUUUUAUGUUUUCCUACAAUCUUGUUUCUAUGAGAGAAAUCAUUUCAAGAGUUCAACCUAGCUGGAUUUUUUUCACCUGAUAGUUUUUUAUAAUUUUAGAUACCCAUCCUUAGUUCUCCCAGUAGAAGGUGAAGUUUGAUUCAAGCUUACUGUAGCUAAAAGAACUAAAAAGGUUAUCUGCCUUUUUUUUUUUAAAAGAAGUCUCCCUAGUAAUGCACUAAGAGUUUGAAAUGGAAUUUCUUCUUUCCAGUAUAGUAAGUGGAUUUGUGGAACCAGUACCAUAAAGGAAAUUUAAAGCAAAGAUGUUUCUGUCCUGUAUAGUGAUCCUUCAUGAUACAGAAAGAUGACCUUCUAAAUUUCCUUUCUUUUGAAUUUGACUUGUGAUUACUAGAUCUUUUAAAAAUGCUUUUGAAAGGUACAGAAAGGUAAAGAAGGAAAGUCAUAUUUUUUUGUUGAUGUUUCAGUGGAAGGAAACAAAUUUCUUGUCAAUUUAAAAAAA